UGCUGCCGCACAGCGGAUGUGGGUCGCCGCUUAGGUGACGCUGGGAAGUGCUUGCAGCCUCCGCCGCUGCCUUCUGAUUAAAGCACUAUGGAGGGAGAGAGGAAGAACAACAACAAACGGUGGUAUUUUACGCGAGAACAGCUGGAAAAUAGCCCAUCUCGUCGUUUUGGUCUGGACCCAGAUAAAGAACUUUCUUAUCGCCAGCAGGCGGCCAAUCUGCUCCAGGACAUGGGGCAGCGUCUUAACGUUUCACAAUUGACUAUCAACACUGCUAUCGUAUACAUGCAUCGAUUCUACAUGAUUCAGUCCUUUACACAGUUCCAUCGAAAUUCUGUGGCUCCAGCGGCCUUAUUUCUUGCAGCUAAAGUAGAGGAGCAGCCAAAAAAAUUGGAACACGUCAUCAAAGUAGCACAUGCUUGUCUCCAUCCACAGGAAUCACUUCCUGAUACUAGGAGUGAGGCUUACCUGCAACAAGUUCAAGAUCUGGUGAUAUUAGAAAGCAUUAUUCUGCAGACUUUAGGCUUUGAACUAACAAUUGAUCACCCACAUACACAUGUGGUAAAGUGCACUCAGCUUGUUCGAGCAAGCAAGGACUUAGCACAGACUUCUUACUUCAUGGCAACCAACAGCCUGCAUUUGACCACAUUUAGCCUGCAGUACACACCUCCUGUGGUGGCCUGUGUCUGCAUUCAUCUGGCUUGCAAGUGGUCCAACUGGGAGAUCCCAGUCUCAACUGAUGGGAAGCACUGGUGGGAGUAUGUUGACGCCACUGUGACCCUGGAACUUUUAGAUGAACUGACACAUGAAUUUCUGCAGAUUCUGGAGAAAACCCCCAACAGGCUCAAACGAAUUCGGAAUUGGAGGGCAUGCCAGGCUGCCAAGAAAACAAAAGCAGAUGACCGAGGAGCGGAUGAAAACACUUCAGAGCAGACAAUCCUCAAUAUGAUUUCCCAGAGCUCUUCAGACACAACUAUUGCAGGUUUAAUGAGCAUGUCAACUUCUUCUACCGCAAGUACCGUGCCUUCCCUUCCAACCACUGAAGAGUCAUCCAGCAACUUAAGCAGUGUGGAGAUGUUGCAGGGCGAGCGUUGGCUGUCCUCCCAACCUCCUUUUAAACUAGAACCUGCUCAGGGUCAUCGGACUAGUGAGAAUCUAGCACUUAUAGGAGUUGAUCAUUCCUUGCAACAGGAUGGUUCGAAUGCGUUUAUUUCCCAGAAGCAGAGUGGUAAGAGUGUGCCAUCAGCUAAAGUGUCACUGAAAGAAUACCGUGCAAAGCAUGCAGAGGAGUUGGCUGCCCAGAAGAGGCAACUGGAGAACAUGGAGGCCAAUGUGAAGUCACAGUAUGCAUAUGCUGCGCAGAAUCUCCUGUCUCACCAUGAUAGCCAUUCUUCAGUCAUUCUGAAAAUGCCCAUAGAGGGCUCAGAAAACCCUGAGCGGCCUUUUCUGGAAAAGGCUGACAAAACAGCUCUCAAAAUGAGAAUCCCAGUGGCGAGUGGAGAUAAAGCUGCCUCUUCAAAACCGGAGGAGAUAAAAAUGCGCAUUAAAGUCCAUGCUGCACCUGACAAGCACAAUUCUGUAGAUGACAGUGUCACAAAGAGCCGAGAGCACAAAGAAAAGCACAAGACUCACCCAUCUAAUCAUCAUCAUCAUCAUAAUCACCACUCACACAAGCACUCUCACUCACAGCUUCCAGCUGGUACUGGGAACAAACGGCCAGGUGAUCCAAAACAUAGCAGCCAGACAAGCACCUUAGCACACAAAACCUAUAGCUUGUCUAGUUCUUUCUCCUCUUCCAGUUCUACUCGUAAAAGGGGCCCCCCUGAAGAGACUGGAGGGGCCGUGUUUGAUCAUCCAGCCAAGAUCGCCAAGAGUACUAAACCCUCUUCCAUAAAUUUCUUCCCUCCUCUUCCUACAAUGGCCCAGUUGCCUGGGCAUAGCUCAGACACAAGUGGCCUUCCUUUUUCACAGCCUAGCUGUAAAACUCGAGUUCCGCAUAUGAAACUGGAUAAAGGCCCCACUGGGGCCAAUGGUCACAACACAACCCAGACAAUAGACUAUCAAGAUACUGUGAAUAUGCUUCACUCCCUUCUCAGUGCCCAGGGUGUUCAGCCCACUCAGCCCCCUGCAUUUGAAUAUGUUCAUUCUUAUGGUGAAUAUCUGAAUCCACGGGCUGGUGGAAUGCCCUCCAGAUCUGGCAAUACAGACAAACCCAGGCUACCACCUCUACCAUCAGAACCUCCUCCACCACUUCCACCCCUUCCUAAGUAAAAAAGAAAAAGAAGAGGAGAAAAAAACUUCUUUAAAAACACAUACUUUCUUUUCUUUUUUUAACUACUGAUUCUGGACUAAGAAAAUUACUUCCCUUAUGAAAUAUGUCACCCUUCUUGGACUAGGGAAUAAAUUAAUAUUGAGACAUAGGUGGAAGGGUGGUAGAGGGCCUUGGUUACUAUAUCUGCUGCCUCAGAAAUUUAACUAUUUUAUUGUAGUUUUUACUGGUAUUAGAGAGGUGAGAAUGUGUUGAAGCUGUGAAGGAUUAAGAAUACUUUCUCUAUUCUUGGCCUUUCCACCUCCUAAUUAGGUUGAUUAGAGUUGAUAUCUUCCCUCUUCUUGCCAGGACUGAAAUAUGGAGGGUUUGUUUUAUCAAACAGUUGUGGAUUCUUUUGGUGUUUAAUAUAUCAGAAGAGAGGAAGUAUUUAAACGUCAAGAUCUUUUAAGAGACUUUUAAAAAAUAAUUUAAAGAAAGUAAGUUAUCUGUUUAGUUUUUUUAUAUAAAUGGGGAGGGGAUAGGGAUUUUGCUGUGUGUAUGAGAUACAUAGCAUUGAGUCC